GAGAAACAGCGAGACAGCCUCAGCCAGCCGUCGGCUGCCGCCCUCGAGAGCCUUGCUUUCUUUUGAUCUGAUUUUUCUUCUCUCUCCUCAGUGUUCGGAGCUUUUCAAAGAGCGGCGCCCCAUCUACGGGAUCCCCGUUUCAGCGCGGUGAGGAAUGAUCCGCACCGCUUCCCCGGCACACUGGCAGUAGCGGGCUGGAAGCGAUGCUGCCUGUCCCUCGGGGCUCCUCGCAGCCCGCCAGAGCUCCCGCAGACGUCGGAGCCGCCUGAGCAGCCGGCGAGGAAGCGAGGCGGGCGAGAGGGUGCUGAAUGCAGCGCGACCUGAAGCCACUGCCUGCCAUGUGUGCUGGUAGCAUCCGGCUUUGGCAGCUCCCUGGUCCCGGUACCGGGUAGUCGGGCGGAGCAGAAGCAGGGCAGACCGGCGGGGAGGCAGCCGCCGCCGGGAUCAUGGUGAAGGAAGAGUGCAAAGCGUUGCUGGACGCGCUCAACAAGGUGACCGCCUGCUACCGGCACAUGGUGCUGACCAUCGGCGGUACCUCGGACUCUCAGAACCUGCGCGAAGAGCUCAAGAAGACCCGGCAGAAAGCCCAGGAGCUAGCGGUGGCCAACAGGAACAAGCUCACCACGGUCCUGAAGGACAAAACCGUGAGUAAGGAAGAUAAAGCUGAGUUCGAGAGGCUAUGGGUGAUUUUCUCCACGUGCCUAGAGAUCCUGGAGAUCGACAUGAGGAGAGCCCUGGAGCUGGGCCACGAGUUCCCACUGAACGUCCCCAAAAAGCACCUGAUCCAAACAGGCAUGAGUGGGGGAACCUCUGGCGUGGCUGCCAGGGCCAUGAGCGUCCAGAACAUGAAAUAUGAGGCCGAGCACAAUAUAGACGUGGUGGAUUUGAAAGACCUCGAAAAUGAGAUUAACCAGGUAGGAGAGAUGAUGUACGAGAUGGAAAUGAAGGUCAAUGUCCCCCAGUGGACAGUAGAGGCUAAGCAAGACCCGGGAGCCGAACUAAAAUCCACCAUCAGCGUCGGCGCAUCUUCUAUUGGCAUGAUCUCCGUGGAGGAAAAUAAAUCCUUCUGUGAUAUCAGCAAGGUUCUAGCUGGGAUUAUUUUCUCUGCAGUGCUCAUUAUCGCUAUUGUCCUGGCUGUGUGUGUGGUGAAACUCUCUUAGGGUGGUGUGGGGCUGACCACAGUGACCCUGUCAGUCUUUCACACCUCACCUUUCAUCUCAGAAUGGGUCACUUGGAUGAGCUGAGAAUUUAAAUGUAGCACUUUGAAAAACAAAGCAGAACUGCCUCUCAGUAUCAUAAAAUGCACGGUUUCUUCUUACUAUUUGAAGAGAUGCACAUCAGCCUGCAGCAUAGGGUGAUGUCUUCAUGUGUUGGACUUGUAACGGUUAACUGUGAAGUAUCAGGGUAUUACCACUGCUGGCUAUGGCAGGGAUUUGUCUGCUAUUAAUAGAUGGCUAUUCGCAGAAGCCUGUAUUUGAAGAAGGCUCUAGCGUUUGCUACUGGUCACUGUUUACAGUACUGGAGAGUAACAAGAAUUCAGAGGCUAAUGCAGGUGUUUUGUAACAAAAUGAAUAUACUAAAGGGGAUUUAAUCAUACAUACAAAAUACUAUUCUGGUGGAGGAAAAGGGGAAGGAUGAAAACCUUGAAAAAGCAUGUGAACAACCUCUAUUUUGGAUUUUAUAAUGGUUGGAGGGGAGGGGGGAAGGAGGGAAAAAACAGCCCAAGCUGUGUUUGAUACCAAACUCUGCUGAACUAGACUGGGUUGUACAGACCCUGGUGCAUGGACUGGUAUUGCGUACAUGAAUGACUAAUCACUUCCCAAUUUUUCCCAGGGAGAAAAAAGAGAGAGUUGCAUAUUCAGAAAAAUCCUAGGAAGAGUGCUCAUCCACAUGUACCAUGAGUUUGUCUUCCCCUACAGAAAGGCAACUGGUUCCAACUUUUCUUUUUGUAGAAGUUAAUGGUUUGCACCUCACAAUUAACUAUGGAAAUAGGAGCAAUGAAUCUGCCCACAACAGAGGUGGUCAUUUUUGAAAAUAGAUUUUAGAAGGAAAAAAAAAAAGUUGACUUAAAGCAGACCUUUCUAUAAUGCAGAGGGAUCCUCUCUCAGGUUGGCAGGCAGGGAUUGAUACCUGUUCAUGGACUGUCACAUUUCUGCAAGUUCCUGAAUUCUUUGCAGAAAACCAGAGAUAGAUGAAAAUGCAUCUCAGUUUCCUGCCUCACUCUUGUCUGAUUAACCUGGGAAGCAGGGAGCCUUUAGGACUGGUCCAGCUUGAUACAUGGCAAUUUUGGCGGGUAAAUGUAAGAGCAUAAUAAAAUUUUCCAGUGCUUCCUUACGGAAUUGUCAACAUUUAUGUGUAAAGCUGGGGGGACAGACACUAACUUUGCAGACAAGCUUCAUGUUUUUGUAAAAGGAGCCAUGUUUGAUGGUGUUUCUUGUAUAACUUUAUGGAAAUACCUCCUGUUACUGUGAACACACACCACCUGAUCAAGAAAGCGUGGUUCAUACUUUCUAGUGCCAUAGGUGUAUGAAGCACUCCAUGGCCGAAUACAAAGGCCCUCUAAUAUUGGGGAUUAGUAAUUUAUUAUUCCUCUGCAGUGAUUAUUAUGGGCACAUUAUUAAAUAGUAGCAACCAGACACGUUUUGUGAAGUUACUAGACAAUAGUCUUGAUGCUUGUGAAAUAAAAUGAUGUGGACAACACUCAGAAACAGCUAGUAUUUUUAAGUUCAGAACUAAACAUAAUUUGAAAAACUUCAGCAAGCAGUUUAUUCUUUAAAACUUAAGAGAACUGGAUAUGGGGAGAAAAAGCAUGUGACAAAUUUUAAUCUGGUCAUUUUGCAGGUGAGAAAGAAAAUCAUACAGGAGAGAAAAGACCGUAGGUGGAGGCCUGAAUUACAGGCUAGAGACUAUCAUUACGCUGAAGGAUAUUGC